AUGUUCGCGCUGCGAGGCUUGCGCGCGGCAAUCAAGAGCAAGAAACUCUGCAGGGAUCGUGCGGCAGCAUGUCUGUUGGAUGCACUGGCGGCUCAAGAGCCCACGAGCGAGAUCCUCAUCGAGGCAAGCCUGUGCGUGAAUGAUCUGAGCAAAGCGUCCGCAGACGUCAGCACAGACAAAUGGGAAGCCAUUGCGCAGCAGUUUGUGCCCAACUUCGUGCUAAUGUCCACCAGGAAUUUGACUUUGUUAGUGAAUGCAUUGUCACACGCCCGCGUGAAGAAGGAACUCUGGGUUCCGGCUGCAGUUGCAGCUCUCAAGACCACGCCAAAGCAGGGCUACUCUUCCCAGGAUCUGUGUGUGCUUCUGAGUUCAAUGGUCCGAGUGUCCUGUGAUGAAGAAGUAUUCAUCAAGAGGUUACUCUCACAAGACUGCCCACCUCGUGUUCCAGACCUGGAGCCCCGUGGAAUCGCUGCUUUUGCCCAUGCAGUGACGAAAUUGGGACACGAAGCCAGGGCAAUGGACCAUGCCGAAGCUCUGGUGCGAGCGUUGCUCCGGAAGCUGGUGAGAUUCGUGGAAGAUGGCGCCUUGCUUCCACUGGAGAUUGCCCUUGCCAUCGAUGCACUCUCACGGUACGGUGAUGGUGCUGAACCUCUUGUCCCAGGUAGGCCACAGCUGCCAAAGUGGGCCGAUCAGGCGACCUCGCAUCUGGAAGUUGGUCUCUUUCCAUCCGUUUCCAAGCUGAAGCCGCUUGAGGUGGUGAUGGUGAUCUCCGCGCUGUCCAGGCGUGGCUAUGUUGGCGAGGACCUGGCAGCAGAGCUCUCGCGUGCAAUCGCUGUACAUUUUGCAAAGUGGCCACCCGAAGAGUUGUGCAUUGUGGUGCAUUCCGCUGCAAGGCUUGAUUUGCCUGGUGUGGCCGAUGGCAGCACAGCACCGAUUUGGUCAAUCCUUCAGCACGUGGAAAAGGGCCCCAUGCAGGGCCAACUACUGAAAGACUGCUCUUGGGACCACCUUGUGCUCUUGCUGCAUGGACUUGCGAAACUGUUGGUGCAGCCACCCGCGUGGCUCUGGGAGUUCGUGGUGGGGAGAGUUUCGGACACCACUGACACACUGUCUCGUGCAAGCGCCAUUCGCCUGUUUUUAGCGGCUGCAAAAGCGGACUUCCGGCAUGCUUCCAUUCGCAGUGUGGUGAAGCGCAAGAUCUUUGCAGGAGACUUUGCGGUCUUGUCAGAAGAUGCUUUUGCCGCAGUUAUCUACGGUCUGUUGCAUCCGUUCUACAGUCGGAGAAAGAUGCUGCUGGAGCUGCUACUGCAUGCCGCCACGUCGCGGCAAGUGGACACACAGAGCCUGGCGCUGCAGACCAGAUUGGGCCUCUUGCACUUCUUCUUCAGCACCAAAGGAGUUUUCGUGCCUUCAUUGGCUCAGAUCUACAUGUUGCUGCAGCUUGAGGAGAAAACUAGUGAGAAGCUGGAGUGGUCUCGCGAGUUGCGCUCUCGCCCUUCAGCUCUACAGUCGGACGUCCACUUCCACGUCAAUGCCAUCCUGUCCAGCUGUGGUCCGAGAAUCUGCACAGAGGUGCUGCUCUGGCCAUUCUGCAUUGACCUUCUGUGGCAGCGAGUCGUAAAAAGUUCGUGGAUCUGCCGGUCACGGUGCGGCUUUCGUUGCCUAGAUCCCGAAUCGGUCCGCCUUGUAGUGUUUUCCAUCUCGAGACUAGUCACAGACGUUCUGCGAAAUCCUUCUGCAACUCGGAGCGUGUACAUAAGCUUCUCAUGGCGUUUCUACUUUCCGUCCUCUGCAGCCUUGGCGUGGUCCGGAUGGCGGCAGCAGCCCGGACAGAGGCUGCCCAGCUCCUGGGAGCGAACUUCGAGCUCGAGCCUGGGAAAAUCGACUGCGUGGUUCGGAAAGGACAGUGCGAAGCGGGCGAGAUUCAGCAGCAUCGCAAGAAAGGAAAAGUGA